UAGAGGAUCUUCUUAGUUGAAAUGUAUGUUAGAGUCCUCUUUUUUAGAGCAAAAAGCUUAAAUAACCUUUCCUCUCCUUCUAUUUCUCUCUUUUCAUCCUCUUCUCCCUCAAAACCCUAGUUCAGAUCACACAGGAAGAAGAAGAUCCAAGAAACCCUUUUUACUAUUCAUCACCUCAUAGAAAGUUCCUUCUCCCUUCUUUUUAAUUUCUUUCUAUGCCCAUCAUCAUUAUCAUUGAGAGAUCUAUAAAUAAAUAUUCUCUCUUCUUUUGAUGGGAAGUUUCUGCUGAUCAUCUCCAAGGGAAAGAUAAGGAGAGAAGAGGGUUGAUUGGAUGCUCUGAUUGCAGAUCAAUCGAAUAUCGAAGACGAAAUACCUUUAUUGAUAUGGCGAUCGACUUUCUCAAAGCUGUUCUAGAAGCUAUAGCUUUCCUUUCAUUCAAAUCUUGAUUUCUUUUUUUUUUGUUUGUUUUUUUGGUUUUUGUUUUUUUUUUCUGCAGUAUCCUUCUUCCGUAAUUGCCAAUAUAUGCUGUGCAUGUACUUUGCCAACAACAAAUCAUCCCAGCUCUCUGCAGGUUUUAGUCUCUGCUCCAAUUCUAUUUCUCAAAGCCUUCUCUAAUUGGAAGAACCCUUUGAUUGGUUGUUUCAAAAACAAGCAUGGAUUCUGGGAAUAGCGGGAGCAUGCAAUCUUCAAGUGGGGGUGACGAAGAGUAUGAUUCAAGAGGUGAGUCUGUGCCGGCUUUUUUAAACCCUUCAACCCACUUUGGUGGCUUAUCAAACCUUCCACACCCCUCACUCUUUUCAGUACACCAUCAAAGCCACCAACCCACUUUCUUUGAUCCUCCACCGCCAAAUUACCUCACCAACCCUUUCUCUCAAUCUCAUCCUCAUACCUCAAGUCCCAAUAUUCCAUUGCUAAAUCUUGAUCUUCUUCGUUCUACAACCCAAAGAUCUGAUCAACCCAACUGCACCAACCUAAUUGCUAAUCCGCCGGCUUCCUCCUCUUCCCCUCAGCGUCUCAACCAGUCUGCAAUCCCGAGCUCAUCAUCUCAAUCCAAUGCUGCCAAGAACCCAAAGAAACGAACAAGGGCGUCAAGGCGAGCACCCACUACUGUUCUUACCACCGACACCUCCAAUUUUAGAGCAAUGGUGCAAGAGUUCACGGGGAUCCCGGCACCGCCAUUUUCAGGCUCAUCCUACUCUCGCAGGCUCGAUCUUUUUGGCUCUGCAGGCUCGGCCUUGCGUUCUGGGACUACUCACUUGGAGCCAUUGGGGAAUCUUUACCCUUUGCGUCCUGCACCCCAAAAGCUUCAACCAACCUCGGUCUCAACCUCAACCCCAUCAUCAUCUUCUUCUUCUCCGUUGUUGGUUGAUGCUACUAAUAUUGCUAUUGCCAGUAGCAGUGGUACUAACAAUACUAGUGCCCCUACUACUAACUCCAUCAAUGUUGUUGCUCCAACUAAUACUUCCCUCGGUUCAAAUUCUACCUACCAACAGCUGCUUCCUGCUGCUGCAGAUUUAAGCUUGCAGAAACAGACUCUAAACAUUCUUAGCAUGCAGAACCAGAACCCACUUGUCUCAUUCCAGUCCUUACUGCAACAUCCACCUCCUGGACUUCAAUCUUCUCUGAGCUUUCCUGGUUUUAGUGCAAAGUCUCAUGGAACUUUACCCAUACAUUCUUUUGAAGGUGAACUGGGCGUCAGCCAUGGAACUCAUGUUGGUGGGUUAACGUUACAAGGUAAUAUGACGCAUGAAGGGGACCGACUGAGCAGCUGGAGAGACGGGGUUGGAUUAAAGGACGUAGGGAAUCAAGAUGAUCAUCAGUUGAGGCCUUUCGAUGGGAGUUAUGGCGGAAGUAAUUCACAAAGGGUUAAUAAUAACAAUAGCUGUAAGUUGAACUACUCAGCUUCUUCGUCGGAUUUUCAUCACCACCAUGACAAGGGUUUAGAGAAUGUUUCUUCAAGAGCUGAAGGUACAGUUGAUUCAUGGAUUUGCCCUUCAGAUUAGACAUAUGUAUAUAUAUAUAUAUACACUUCAAUUAGGAGAACAUGACAGCAUCAUUGCAGAAGUUAGAAUAUUAUCAAGACGGUUUUUGCUGCGUUGAUCCUAUAUUGUCUUUUCUCUAUAAACAUUUCCCUUUUUAGCUUUUUUAGAAAUAAAUAUAAAAUUUUCGUCAAAA